UUCAUGAUAAGUGAUAAUCUUGUCCUCUGUAUAAUUAACACUUUUAUUCAUUUUAAUUUACAGAGAUCUGAAGCCUGAAAAUAUACUCCUUGAUGACUGUGGACAUAUUAGAAUUUCAGAUCUUGGAUUAGCUGUGCAGAUUCCAGAAGGAGAAACGGUCAGAGGACGAGUUGGCACCGUUGGUUACAUGGCUCCAGAAGUGCUCAAAAAUGAAAAAUAUACAUUCAGCCCAGAUUGGUGGGGUCUUGGUUGCUUAAUUUAUGAAAUGAUUGAAGGACAGUCGCCUUUCAGGAAGCAUAAGGAAAGGGUCAAACGGGAUGAGAUUGACCGGAGAGUAAAAGAGGACCAAGAAACAUAUUCAGACAAGUUCUCUGAGGAGGCAAAAUCCAUUUGCAGGAUGUUACUUGCAAAAAAUCCAGGAGAGCGACUGGGCUGCACGGAAAAUGGAGCUGCUAUUGUGAAACAACAUCCUAUUUUCAAGAAUAUUAAUUUCAAGAGGCUGGAAGCUAACAUGUUGGAGCCUCCAUUUUUGCCAGAUCCACGUGCCGUGUACUGUAAAGAUGUCCUGGACAUAGAGCAGUUCUCUACAGUAAAAGGAGUGAACCUGGAUACUACAGAUGAUGACUUCUAUUCCAAAUUUGUUACAGGUUGUGUCUCAAUCCCUUGGCAAAAUGAGAUGAUUGAAACAGGAUGCUUUGAAGAUAUUAAUGCAUGUGAAACUGAUGGUACUGUGUCACCAGACAAAGAGAGGUCUCCUAAACCAAAGAGAGGCUUCUUUCACAGACUUUUUAGUGGAGAGGUCUGCUUUAAAUCUGAUUGCAGUGAUGAGGAGCAGGAGUCCUCUAGACUUUAAAUCACUUUACUGUCGUCAGAAAGGAUUAGCAAACUUUAAAUGUUUUAUAUCUCUGUAGCAAAGUGUAUUAUAUAUAUUUUUUAUGAGUUCAAGAAUUUUUGUACAUUUGUACUUCAUUUGUUUUAAGAUGUAUAUUUUUCACUAAAGCUUAAUUGUACAAAAAACGAGUGCCAUUUGAGUGAGUGUGUUUCUGUAUGUAUUUGAUUUCUUCUACCCACCCCUGCAACGGAAUGAAUCUAGAAAUAUUAACAGGGAUUUUUAAAAGGAGAGAAACAACAUCUUUAGCAUAAACUUAAUUUGACUUUUUUUGCUCCUGGUAAAAAUCUUCUUGUUCAUUAGAUCUUUAUUAGCUGUUUUCUUAAAAUUGCUGUACUGAUAAAGUUCAUAAUUCUUGUAUUAUCUGGCUGCAUGGCAGUGCUAUCAUCUAAUGCAUCUCAAGAAAACUGCUAAGGAAAUAAAGGAAUUCAGUGCACUGUGGCUAGCUAUUAUGAAGUGCUGUUUGCUUAUAGAUUUGAAAAUAGUCUUGGUCUUAUUUUUAUCUAGAAUUCUGGACAUUAAGCUUAAUCUUGUGACCAAUUGUAUUACCCCCUAUUCCUUUCUAUCUUUUGUACACAUUCUCUCCAUACGGUUCCUCAACAUGGACCAUGCAAGUAGACCUAUGCCAAAAUUUUAUAACUAUGCUUUUAUGUACUUUGUUGCCCUUACUGAAAGGACUUUUUUUACCUGUGGGAAAUCUUUUUUUUUUCUUUUUCUUUUUUUCUUGUAAAUGAAAUUGUUUACAACUCCAUGUAGGAUGUUAGGUUUUUAUAAUGAGUAAGAAAACAAGCCACAGGCUCUUAAUACAAUCUUCUCUGCUUAUCACGUUGUGAUAUGCAACAUUAUAGGGUUGACAGUGAUCACUGCCACUGAGGGAAGAAGCAGCUAGUGUUAGUGUUAAAUUUAACAAUGUAAAUAAUCUUUUCUUAUAACUUUCAAAAGCAUAAAGAUUAAAAAUCUCCUUGGUUUUAGCAAUCAUAAGAUCGCUUAAUGCAGCUGUGGAGCUGCUGUUGAAGUUUUAGUUACAAUUACCUUAUGUUCGUGAGUAAAAACUGUUUCCAGUUUGAUGGAAGCUUGUAAAAUGUCUGUUCUUCUGGGCUCAAAGUAUGCUAGGCUUUAUUUUGAGAAGCUCUGUGUAAAACAUUUUAUCUGUGUAGGAGAAGAAACUUAGGGAACACAUUUCACGAGCCUUUUCUGUUUCAAAAUUUAAAUUAGUCUUGAAAUAUUCUUGAAGUUGGAGUCAUGACUUCUUGUAUACAUUAUGUUCUGUAUUCUGAAGAUUGUCUCCACAGAGCA